AGAGAAUCUAUGAACAUUUCACACACAUACACAUUUUGCAAAAUUAUGUUCAGAAGCAUAUUAAAUUUUACACGUCUACAAACUGGUAGAACGUUCGUAUUUGGACUAAGAUAAAAUGUAGGGACUUAUCUGCGUUUUCUUAUCUAAGUCUUAUUAAUCUAGGCUUAUAUAAAAAAGUCUGUCUCUGGGAACCAAGACUUGAGUGUUUGAGAGCAUAUCUUUUCACUGCCUUUGGUUUUUAACAGAAUUUGCCGUCAUGAAGCAAGUGUGGUAUAUUUCUAUAUUUAUAAUAGUCUGCAUCAACAUCGAAGAAUGUGAAUCGGCUUCUUGCGUCGAUGACAGUGACUGCUCCGCUAAUAGGUGGUGUAAAGCUGGUUUUUGUAGGAAAAAGAAAGGCAUUGGGGGCGUUUGUGAACGCAAAGAAAGUUGUAAAACCGAUUUAUAUUGUGAUGCAGAUUCGCUACGAUGUGUAUCAUGCGAAAUCAAUGAACAUUGCCUUGACCCAACGCGACCUCAGUGCGUGGAUGGAUUCUGUGGUCAAACAACAUGUACGACGAACGACGAUUGCGCCACUUUCCACUCGCUUCCAGAAUGCAUAAACAACAUAUGUUCUAAAAAACCAACGACAACUACGUCUACUACAACAUCAACAACGACGACAACUCCAACAACUACGACGCCUUCAACAACAACAUCAACAACGACGACGACAACAACUACCACCACAUCGCCACCAACAACAACGACGACGUCCACCACAACGACGACGCCUACGACGACGACGCCAACAACAACGACGACGACGCCCACGACGACGCCGACCACAACGACGACGUCGCCUACUACAACGACGACGCCUACUACAACAACGACGACGACGCCCACUACAACAACGACGACGCCCACAUCAACGACGACGACGCCGCCUACUACAACGACGCCAACAACAACGACGACGACGCCCACUACAACAACGACGACGCCUACCACCACGACGCCUAUUACAUCAACGACGACGCCCACAACAACGACGACGACGCCUACCACAACGACGACGACGCCUUUCACAACGACGACGACGCCUACCACAACGACGACGCCAACAACAUCGACGACGACGCCAACAACAACGACGACGACGAUGCCUACAACCACGCCAUCAACAACGACGACAACAACGCCAGAAACAAUGACGACAACUACAGCAGUAACAACCGAAUUGCUUAUAAUACAUAGGCCUGUUCAAUUUUUUAAUCCACCGGAAAAUGAUCCAGUGAUUGCAGAAGAUACAACAACAGUUUCUCCAAAUAUUCAUACGACCACUGCUAGAACUAUUCCCUGUGAAUCAAGUUCAACCUGCAAAGAUUAUCACCACGCCUACAUAUGCGUUGAGUUUAUGUGCGUCAAGGGAGAUCCCCAUAUCAAGCAAAAGAUAUCAGGGACCAAGGAACACUUAUGUUACGAUGUCUUUGGUGAUCCAGGAGAGGUGUACGAGUUCUUGACAGAGGCAUCUACAGGCACCUCUGUUCGGGGUAAAUUCACGACAGAACGUUCCGCCUCCAAGGCCAGCGGUCAAGCACAGUACGUUGGCGAGCUAUUGGUUGCAACUCGUAACGUCACAAUCUACGUCAGUCGGUCUGAUAUUUUGUUCUCUACUGGGAGUUUGUCUCCGAGAUUUGUUCACACGUGGGAAAAGGAUGUGUUGUCCUUCUCAAGCUCUGAUGGAGUGAAUAUCAAAGUUUACCGAUCCGAUAUGGAAAUCAAAAUAGGUAAUGUUGUGCACAUCGUUGUUUCUAGACAUCGAACGCAUCUUGAUUUUAUGAUUGGAGAGGUUCAUAAACUCACCGAAGAUGCUGGAGGAAUUAUGGGUUUUGUGUCCUCUAAAGGUGUUUUCAUGCCUUCAAGGUUUUCCAACAAAGGCACAGUACACUUAGGGGAGAACUACAGUGUUUCAGUACAUUGGAGUCAUUCCCAACUAUGCUGGAAAAUUUCAGAACAGGCGAAAGGAUUCGAUGAUUUCCUUGCCACAUUUUUGCAACGUUGUUUUGGCGAUUAAGAAAUUAUUGAAAAAUAGUGUAUUUAUGUUAUGUUGAACAAAAUACAAGUGCGCUGUUUAGGGAUGCAACGUUGGAAAAUGGGGACGAUGUGAUGUUGAUAUUUCAUCUAUGUAAAUAGAAUAGCACGGGCACUGGCAGUCAAAAAUUCUGAGAUACUUGGAC